AUGGAAAAGGAAGCUGUGAGGAAGAGGAAGGAUCCCUGGGAUACCCAGGCAGACAAGGAGCUGAAGAUGGAGAUCAGGGAGGAAAAAUCUCCAUGGAAGAACCUCAUGGACGAGGCUGUUUUGCGUGACUCCACAGUGCAGAAUUCCACUGGGGAGGAAAAUCCCCAGAGAUCCUGCAGGAGCAGGGGCUGCAAACCCAGCCCAGGGAACUCUGAGGAGGAAAGACCCACUCUGAGCCAAGAAGGUGGACAGAGCUUCAGCCAGAGCUCAGAGCUGGUGGUCCAUGAGCAGCUUUAUCAUGGGGAGAAGCCCCAGAAGUGCCUGGAGUGUGGGAAGAACUUCAGACGGAGCAGCACCCUGAUCAGCCACCAGAUGAUCCACACUGGUGAAUGGCCUUACGAGUGUGGAGAAUGUGGAAAGGGCUUCAGCUGCAGCACCCACCUCAUCACGCACAAACGUGUCCAUACCGGAGAGAAGCCCUACAAGUGUCCCCAU